AUGUGCCGUCGUCGCCAAGUCAGGACCGUCUUCAAGAGGUGCAACCAUGGCGUCACCUACCCGGACGAGAUCGUCCAAUGCUAUGGAGAUAAUUGCAUUUUUAGUCCCAACCAUCCCCCGACCUGUACCGGGGAUAUUUGCAAGAAGCGUUGCUGGCAUUACCGACCAGCCCCGCAGCAGUUCACCGAAGAGAAGCAGGCGUACUGCCCUAACUGCGUGAAGGCCGGAUACCGCUGA